UUUCCAAUGUUUAACAAUACAUCAUAAGAUGCUAUUUUUCCUAUUCCCUACUACUACAAGAACUUUCCUCCACCUACCCUCCUUUAUUCUUCUCCUAAAGCUCUAGCCUUUUUUUUCUCUCUCUCUCAUAAUAAUAUGGACUAAACUAAACAAGGCCUCAAUAUAACAAAAACCACCAUUCCACCACCAUUAACAAUGGCAAAAACCUUAACUUCUCACCUCAAUAAGCUCUUUUUAUCUCUCCUCCUCCUUCUCCUUCAUGUGGGUUGCUUCAUAUUCUCCUCUUCUUAUUAUAAGAAAAAUAAUUAUGAUCUUAAUCUCCCAACUAAAAAGAGAAAAUCAUCUAAUAAUCUCUCCCCUAAAAAAGCUUUUUCCUCUUCUUGGUGUUUUAUUAAAAGAGUUUUUUCCCCUUCUAAUAAACGCACCAACAGCCAAACACGCCCUCCUACCCCAACUAAUACUUCUACAACGACGUCGUUUUCCUCACCAAGAUCAUCUCAACAUUCCAUAGUAGUAUCAAUUCGUGACUCGGAGCUCCAUACUCCUCCACGUAAGCGACGGGCCGGGUCAAGAUCCGAGUUUGAUUCCUCCCUUAAUGAAAACCCGUUUUUUCCCCUUCGUAAUGAUAUCUUUCCCUGCCCUACUUGCGGUGAAGUCUUCCUGAAACAAAGCCUUCUAGAAACCCAUCAAACCAUUAAACAUGCGGUUUCGGAGCUCCGAGAUGGUGAUUCGGGUAAGAAUAUUGUUUGGAUCAUUUUUAACACGGGUUGGAAUAAUAUCAAAGUUGAUAAGCCUAUUAACAUCUAUCGCAUUUUGAAAAUUCAUCACUCCCAAAAAAUGCUUGCAAAAUUCGAGGAAUUUCGCGAGGGAGUAAAGUCUAAGGCGGCACGGGCGGUUUCACGGGCCGUCGAUACGGCGGCAAUAAGGCGGGACGAAAGAUGUAUAGCCGACGGUAAUGAACUGUUAAGGUUCCAUUGCACGACAUUUCUUUGUAACUUGGGGCAAAAUGGUAAUUCAGCUUUGUGUAAUCAAGUUUAUUGUAGUGCUUGUGGUAUUAUUCGGGCCGGGUUCUCAGCAAAAUUAGAUGGGAUUUCCACUUUUGCCACUAGCUCUCGGGCCCACGAUGCGAUCCCUGACGACGUUGAGGCUGAGUUUGCUUUCAUGAACGUCAAACGGGCCAUGCUUGUUUGUCGGGUUAUUGCUGGUCGGGUCGGAUGUGAUGUGAUGGUGGUUGAUAAAGAGGACCCUGGAUUUGACUCGUUGGUGGGCCGGAAUGUGGCAGGACCAGGUAGGAUGGAUGAUGAAGAGCUUCUUGUUUUUAAUCCACGGGCAGUACUUCCAUGCUUUGUAAUCGUAUAUUCGGUAUAACUCGUAUAAAUAAAAGAUAAAACAGAUUAAGUUAGGUCGGACAUUAAUUUCGAUAUUACUGAAAGUACGAUUGGAAGACAUGUGAGAUGAUAUUAUGUUUAAUGUCAUGAUAAACUCUUUUCUUAUUCAAGUUGGUAGGAAGUUGUUUGACAAAAACUAAAUUUACUUGUUGUAAAUAAUUUACAAGUAAUCAUUAUAAGUAGUCUAGUCUCAAUGUGUCAUAAUGUGAGUGUCUUGUUUCCUUGUGUUCUAGCAUUUCAAAUUUUACAUUUUUCUGUGUUGCUAAGAAAUUUCGUUUGGAUAGUUUUGAAUCCACCCAGUUUUGUUGGAUAAUAUAUAUGGAAUGGAAGGUAAAAUUUUGGCCA